UGCAGGAACGUUCGUUCUCAUAUGCUUGUUGUGGCUAUGCCCAGUUACGUUCUGCGCUAGCCAUUCAACGCACUUAUCGACAUCGCACCCUAUUGAAGAUCUACCUCUUAGCAGUUUGCGAUUACCACCCACAAUCAUGGUUGCUCUGUUCAAGGGCAUUGGGAGAGCCCACCGGCCUUCUUUCACUCUACUUCUUGUGUUGUUCGUUAUGCUUGUUGCUCAAAUAUCCGUAGCCCAAGAUGUGACCACGGAUGAUAAUACUACAACCACCACAAGUGUGAGCUCGACAGCAGAAUCGACUACAACUUCAUCAUCGUCGUCGUCGUCGUCGACAAGCACUACUACUAGCUCGUCGAAGAGCAGCUCCACGACAUCGGCCUCGACGACAUCAACUGGUACAGAUACCUCAUCCACGUCGACAUCGGCAUCCUCGUCCUCCUCAACAGAUGGUUACCCCGUCGUCACUGUGCCACCAACUGCAGAUGCGCCAUAUAUGCAAAAGUCCAACAUCCCGGAGGGUACCCUGUUCAUCGCCGUGGGAGCAGUUCUGGGAGCUAUUGGGCUUGCAAUCCUAGCAUGGCGCGGCAUAGUUGCAUGGUCUGUGAAUCGUUCUGUGCGCCAAGCCGCAAUGACGCGCUCGUCCGAAUCGAAGGGCCUUCUGCGUUCGAAAAGAAGAAAGUCGCGCACUAGGAGGUCCUCUUCCGCGGGCCCUGGCGUCGCCCUCGACAAGCUUGGAGGAGCCGGAACUCACCAGCAUCACCGUCACAGCCAUCACAGCCACCGACAGCACCGAACCUCCAAGGGCCCCAGUGCCAACAGCGGGCUCUUCUUCUCACCGACCGCCGGAAUGCAACACGGCAGCGGAAACCGCCGUUCGAGCUACCUCCCGGCGGGCUACUACAAUGCCAACAAUGUGGGAAACAAUGUCCGCACUCAAGAUGCGCGUUACUCAGCUGCCGACCUGACGGGGCUUGGGGGUCCUCAAGCGCAGGGCUACGUCCCGACCCGAUCCGGCUCCAGUCCCCCUGAGUCCCCGGGUCUGCCCCAGUAUCACGAUCAGCAGGAUACCCCUCCUCGUCGCAACGCCAGAAGGUCUCACGCCGAAGCUUCGACGAGCACGCUGAAUCUAGCUUCCCCGCCAGCGGGAAGAACUCCCAGCGCAUAUUUGGAAGAUCUCUUCGAUAGUCAUCUGCCUCAAAAUCGGGACUGAUCUGAGUCCCAAACUGGAUGGCUGAAUGUUCGAAACUACUGCCCUAAUUCUUCUCAAUGCGCAUCUUUCAUUCUAGUUCUAGAAAUCUCAGUUCAGCCCUUUACCCAUUUCUGUGUGCAUCUUUUAUAUUACCCUGUUCCUCAAGUCACGCGGCAUUUUUCACUUCUGUUGUGUCUGGUAUAAAGUUUCUAUUCUCGAACAUAGUCGAAUUGUCUAAUAGCGAAUCCUGAUGAAGUAAUCAUUACAUAUCCUCUCGGCGU